UCGCAGUAAAAGCUAUCAAUUAAUCAUUGCACUUUUAAUGGGUACUGAUUUAGCCGUGAACACUUUGAAGAACUAUAAAACAGCAACAACAGCUUCCAGAUCAACUUAGUUUGUGGCAGCAGUACACCCUAGGAGGAGACUUUUGAUCAACUUAAGUGGAAUGAAUUGUUUUACUAGCUUAAUUUUAUUGGGAUUAGUAGCUUUAUCCCUGGCUGUGUAUACGGAAACACAACAAGAGAUAAUGAAUUUUAUAGUUGGAAAAUGUGCUGAAGAACAGGACAUAGAGUUGAACAGUAAUUUUACGGAACAAUGGGAAUAUACAGGUCUUCUUUUCCCGGAUGAGGAUAAAUCGAAACGAUAUGCCGUAUGUCUCGAGCGAAAGAUAGGCUUGUUGGGCAAAGAUGGUAUGUUUAACACUGAUGUCUUUAUAGGUAUCAUGGCCGAUGGUCACGACCUUCAGGCAAUAACAGAACUUGUUAAUAAAUGUAACACUGGCAAAGGAGAUACUAUCGAGGAUAGAGGAUACAAUUUUUACAAGUGCUUCUGGACUGAAAAAACGUUCGAUAUGUAACGAACAGAUCAAAACAGAACUUGGAGAAAAAAGAAAAAUAGAAUUCUUGAGGGUAUCUUUCAGAAAUAAAACGAUCGACAAUAAUUAUUUAUGUGAAAAGUUCCCCUCACUUUUACCUGUCGUUAAAUACUGGGUCAAUGGUCUUAAUGUUCAGUUGACUAAAACAGA